UUGAUGAUAAACGAAAAGUAGUACCGAUCGAAAUUAGUACCGCGGCAUUAACUAUCUACAAUAUAAACGUGCAGUUUACCUGAAUAAUUUCGUUGGCCCAUUUGAGGUGUACGGUACCCUUUUUGUUAACGUAAUAGUGUUAUUUACAGUUAUCAAAAUGUCGGCGUAGGAAUACGCUCCCCACUAUCUCCCUUUGGAGCAGCCAUCUUGGGUGUUUCAACAUUCGAAGUGGCAGGCACCGAAACACAAAUACGAUAUUCUUGUUUUUUAAUUUUAUUUUAAUUAAAAUAAACCGAAUUUGUUUAAAACCAUUGUUGAAGAUUGAAGUUAAUUAAUAAAAACGGCAACAUGUCGCAGCAACUGUUGCCGAUUCGUUUCCAGGAACAUCUGCAGCUUACCAACGUCGGAAUUAAUGUUGCGAACAUAUCCUUUGCCACGCUCACGAUGGAGAGCGAUAAGUUUAUAUGCGUACGGGAGAAGGUCGGCGAAACGUCGCAGGUGGUUAUUAUCGAUAUGGCCGACUCGGGGAAUCCAAUACGAAGGCCUAUCACGGCGGAAAGUGCCAUUAUGAAUCCGGCAUCGAAGGUUAUUGCGCUUAAGGGUAAAGCCGGAAUCGAAGCACAAAAGACCUUGCAAAUAUUCAAUAUCGAAAUGAAGUCUAAAAUGAAAGCCCAUACGAUGACCGAGGAUGUCGUCUUCUGGAAGUGGAUAUCUCUAAACACGCUAGCGUUAGUCACUGAAGCCUCGGUCUUUCACUGGUCGAUGGAGGGCGACUCGACACCUGUCAAAAUGUUCGAUCGACACUCGUCACUGAACGGUUGCCAAAUUAUUAACUAUCGCACCGAUCCGAAGCAAAACUGGCUACUGUUGGUCGGAAUAAGUGCCCAGCAAAGUCGAGUCGUCGGCGCCAUGCAAUUAUAUUCGGUCGAACGGAAGUGCUCGCAACCGAUCGAGGGCCACGCCGCCUCGUUCGCGACAUUCAAACAGGAGGGAAAUCCGGAACCGUCGACUCUCUUUUGUUUUGCCGUGCGAUCUAUGCAAGGAGGCAAACUGCACAUCAUCGAGGUUGGACAAAGCCCCGCCGGCAAUCAACCGUUCCCCAAGAAAACUGUCGACGUCUUCUUCCCGCCCGAGGCGCAAAACGACUUCCCGGUCGCGAUGCAAAUCUCGGUAAAAUACGAUGUAAUCUACCUAAUAACGAAGUACGGCUACAUCCACAUGUACGACAUCGAAAGCGGAACCUGCAUAUACAUGAACCGCAUCUCGAGCGAGACGAUCUUCGUGACGGCGACGCACGAGUCGACCGGCGGAAUUAUAGGCGUAAAUCGGAGGGGUCAAGUUUUGUCGGUAACCGUCGACGAGGAUAACAUAAUAAGAUAUGUAAACACGGUACUGCACAACGCCGACUUGGCGUUGAGGCUGGCCGUACGUAAUAAUCUUGCCGGCGCCGAGGAGCUUUUCGUUAGCAAGUUCCAGUUGCUUUUCCAAAAUGGCCAGUAUACGGAGGCGGCGAAAGUUGCCGCCAACGCGCCCAAGGGUAUCCUGCGGACGCCCGCCACGAUUCAAAUGUUUCAGCAGGUUCCGACACCUGCGGGACAAAACAGUCCCUUGCUUCAAUAUUUCGGAAUUCUUCUCGAUCAAGGACAACUAAACAGGUAUGAGUCUUUGGAACUCUGCAAGCCCGUACUUUUGCAAGGGCGCAAACAGCUUUUGGAAAAAUGGUUAAAAGAGGACAAGCUGGAGUGUUCCGAAGAAUUGGGCGACCUUGUGAAACAGUGCGAUCCGACUUUAGCUUUAUCCGUGUAUCUGAGGGCGAACGUCCCUGCCAAGGUCAUCCAGUCCUUUGCCGAAACCGGUCAGUUUCAAAAGAUCGUGCUGUACACGAAGAAAGUGCCGUACACGCCCGACUACAUUUACCUACUUCGUACGGUGAUGCGAACGAAUCCCGAUCAGGGCGCCACCUUUGCAGCUAUGUUGGUGGGGGACGAGGAGCCCCUGGCCGAUAUCAAUCAGAUUGUCGACAUUUUUAUGGAACAGAACAUGGUGCAGCAGUGCACCGCCUUUCUGCUGGACGCUCUCAAGCAGAAUCGCCCGACCGAGGGACACCUGCAGACGCGACUUCUCGAAAUCAACCUAAUGUCGGCGCCGCAGGUUGCCGACGCCAUCUUGGGCAACAACAUGUUCACGCACUACGAUCGCCCGCACAUCGCGCAGCUCUGCGAGAAGGCCGGCCUACUGCAGAGAGCCCUCGAACACUACACCGACCUGUACGAUAUAAAACGCGCGGUCGUCCACACCCACCUCCUACCCGCCGACUGGCUGAUCGGCUUCUUCGGCACGUUGAGCGUCGAAGACAGUUUGGAAUGCCUGAAGGCGAUGCUCACCGCCAACAUUCGCCAAAACCUGCAGAUCUGCGUGCAAAUAGCGACGAAGUAUCACGAGCAGUUGACGACGAAGGCACUGAUCGACCUAUUCGAGAGCUUCAAAAGUUACGAGGGACUAUUCUACUUCCUCGGUUCGAUCGUGAACUUCAGUCAGGACGAAGAGGUCCACUUCAAGUACAUCCAGGCCGCCUGCAAGACCGGCCAGAUUAAGGAGGUCGAGCGUAUCUGUCGCGAGAGCAACUGCUACAAUCCGGAGCGCGUGAAGAACUUCCUUAAGGAGGCGAAACUCACCGAUCAGUUGCCCUUGAUUAUCGUGUGCGAUCGUUUCGAUUUCGUGCACGAUCUAGUUUUAUAUUUGUAUCGCAACUCGUUGCAGAAGUACAUCGAGAUUUAUGUUCAAAAAGUGAAUCCCAGCCGAUUGCCGGUUGUCGUUGGAGGUUUAUUAGACGUAGAUUGUUCCGAAGAUAUAAUAAAAAAUUUAAUUCUCGUCGUUCGCGGCCAGUUCUCCACCGACGAGCUGGUCGAGGAGGUCGAAAAACGCAACCGACUGAAACUUCUGCUGCCUUGGCUCGAGAGUCGCGUUCACGAGGGCUGCGUCGAGCCCGCCACUCACAACGCGCUCGCGAAAAUUUACAUAGACUCGAACAACAACGCCGAGCGCUUCCUGAAGGAGAACCAGUGGUACGACUCGCGCGUCGUCGGCCGCUACUGCGAGAAGCGCGAUCCGCAUCUCGCGUGCGUCGCAUACGAGCGGGGGCUGUGCGAUCGCGAGUUGAUCGCCGUCUGCAACGAAAAUUCGCUUUUCAAGUCGGAGGCGCGCUAUCUCGUUAAAAGACGCGAGGGCGAACUCUGGGCGGAGGUCCUGAACGAGGAGAACCCCUACCGUCGACAGCUCAUCGAUCAAGUCGUACAGACCGCCCUGAACGAGACUCAAGAUCCCGAAGACAUCUCCGUAACGGUCAAGGCGUUCAUGACGGCCGAUCUGCCGAACGAAUUAAUCGAACUGUUGGAGAAGAUCGUUUUGGAUAGUUCCGUAUUCUCCGAUCAUCGCAAUCUUCAAAACUUGCUAAUUCUUACAGCCAUUAAAGCCGACGCGACCCGAGUAAUGGACUACAUCAACCGCCUAGACAACUACGACGCGCCCGAUAUAGCGAACAUCGCAAUCAACAAUCACCUAUACGAGGAGGCGUUCGCAAUAUUCAAAAAGUUCGACGUGAACACGUCCGCCAUACAGGUCCUGAUCGAUCAGGUUAACAAUCUCGAUCGCGCCUACGAAUUCGCCGAGCGGUGCAACGAGCCCGCCGUCUGGAGUCAGCUCGCGAAGGCGCAACUGAACCAGGGUCUGGUCAAGGAGGCGAUCGACUCGUACAUCAAGGCCGACGAUCCGAGCGCUUACAUGGACGUCGUCGAGACCGCGACCAAGACGAACUCUUGGGAGGACAUGGUGAGAUACCUGCAGAUGGCGCGCAAGAAGGCGAGAGAGAGUUACAUCGAGUCCGAACUUAUUUACUCGUACGCGAAAACGGGCCGACUCGCCGAUCUAGAGGAAUUUAUUAGCGGGCCCAAUCACGCAGACAUACAGAAGAUCGGCGACCGGUGUUUCGAUGAUAAAAUGUACGAUGCCGCGAAAUUGUUGUAUAAUAACGUUUCAAACUUUGCCCGUUUAGCUAUUACGUUAGUUCACCUUAAGGAAUUCCAAGGCGCCGUCGAUAGCGCGCGCAAGGCGAACAGCACGCGCACGUGGAAGGAGGUCUGUUUCGCUUGCGUCGACGCCGAGGAAUUCCGAUUGGCGCAAAUGUGCGGAAUGCACAUCGUCGUGCACGCCGACGAACUGCAAGAUCUCAUUAAUUACUAUCAGGAUCGCGGCUACUUCGAGGAGCUGAUCGGGCUGCUGGAGGCCGCCUUGGGCUUGGAGCGCGCGCAUAUGGGCAUGUUUACCGAGUUGGCGAUUUUGUAUUCGAAAUAUAAGCCGGCGAAGAUGAAGGAGCAUUUGGAGCUGUUCUGGUCGCGCGUUAAUAUACCGAAGGUGCUACGCGCAGCCGAGCACGCGCACUUGUGGGCGGAACUGGUGUUCCUAUUCGACAAAUACGAGGAGUACGAUAACGCCGUGCUCGCGAUGAUGGCGCACCCGACCGAGGCGUGGCGAGAAGGUCACUUCAAGGAUAUCAUCACAAAGGUCGCCAACAUCGAGCUCUACUACAAAGCGAUACAGUUCUACUUGGAUUACAAGCCGUUACUCCUAAACGAUCUCCUCUUAGUCUUGGCGCCGCGAAUGGAUCACACCAGAGCCGUCUCCUUUUUCGCGAAAACCGGCCACUUACAGCUGGUCAAAUCGUACCUGCGCUCCGUUCAAAGUUUGAAUAACAAGGCGAUUAACGAGGCGCUCAACGCUCUUCUCAUCGACGAGGAGGAUUACCAAGGUCUGCGCACGUCGAUCGACGCCUUCGACAACUUCGAUAACAUCGGACUCGCGCAGAAGCUCGAAAAGCACGAGCUAACCGAAUUUAGACGCAUCGCCGCCUACCUGUACAAAGGGAACAACCGAUGGAAACAGAGCGUCGAGCUGUGCAAGAAGGAUAAGCUGUUCCGCGACGCGAUGGAGUAUACGGCGGAGUCGCGUCAGGGCGAGCUCGCGGAGGAGUUGCUCGCGUGGUUCCUCGAGAGGAAAUCGUUCGAUUGCUUCGCGGCGUGUCUAUAUCAGUGCUAUGACCUUCUCAAACCUGACGUCAUCUUGGAACUGGCGUGGAAACACAACAUAAUGGACUUCGCGAUGCCGUACAUGAUUCAAGACCGGGAGUUGACGAUGAAGGUCGAGCGAUUGGAACAGUGCGAGGCGCAACGGGAGAGCGAGUCCGCCGAGGAGACGCAUAAGCCCAUGAUGAUCGCGGAACCGCAACUUAUGUUGACGGCCGGACCAGGGAUGGGCAUUCCACCUCAGCAAUACGUGCCGCCACAAGCUUACCCCACCCAAGCUGCCUACGCCCCCCAAAUGCCAUACCAAGGCUACGGUAUGUAAUGUAGAUACUAAACUAAUUUCCAGUUAAUUUACGGAUAGGAUUGUAAAUGACAAUAGUCCUCAGUUAGCGUUGGUGCUAUCUAAUUUCAAUUUUGUAACGAUCAAAAAACCACAUAUUCCGCCUAAUUUUACUUAGGAUAUAAAAUAUAUUUGUUAUCGUUAAUAUAAAUCAUUGUUUAUGAAAAUUUGUGUGUUAUAAAUAUCAAAUAACUAUCGGCCGGUAGUUGGAUAAUUUUUAUCUCCUCUCUCCUUUUAAGGUAAGUUGGUAUAUAUAGCUUUAUUAUAUAAAAGAGUAUCGUUUAAAUUUUUGUACCGAUUAUUUAUGUCUGAACACUGUAGUAAUUUAACUCGGUUUUGUAGAUCUUAAGUGAAAUUUUCCCGUAAAACUUGUAAAUGUUCACUCGCUUAUUAAGUGACCUGUAAUAUAUUAGCACUUUUGAAAUGAAGGUAGAUGAAGUGUACGUACAAUGUAAUAAAAAACAUGAAAAAUCAAAA